CCGCCGGGCGGCGGCCGGCUCCGCACCCGCGGCCCUCGGAGCCGGGCGGCGCGAGGGGCUGCCGCGAGUGACAGCCGCCGCCUCCCGUCUGGAUAUGUUUCCUUCCCAGCCCGGCUGCUUCUUCGAUAUCGUGAAGCUGCGUGGGAAAUAAGCGCGUUCCCGAGGCGGGCGGCGGCGCGACGCCUUUCCCGGAGCCGGGCGGCAGCGGCCGGCGUCCUCCCCGGCGCCGCGGAGCCAUGCGGGCGGGCCGCCGCGACGGAGUAGCAGCACGGCCGGCGCCCCUCACCUGCCGUCCGCCCUCGCGGACCGAGCCGUGAGCCGAGAGCUCGCCGCGGCCGCCGGAAAACGGAGGAAAUCGCUCUCGUCGGUGUCUUUAUUUCCCACCCUACUCCGCCUCGACCCCCGCGCCCCCAGGAUGACGGCCUCGCUGCGGCGCCUCGUGCUGCCGCUCCUGCUCCUGCUCGCCGCCGCCGCCCCGCAGCCCGGCGCUGCGGCCGCUGCACAGAGUGAGGAGCGGCUGUGUGCAUUUAAGGACCCGUAUCAGCAGGACCAUGGAAUCAGUGAGAGCCGAAUCUCCCAAGAAAAUGGCACCAUUUUGUGCAUGAAAGGUAGUACCUGCUAUGGACUUUGGGAAAAAACACGGGAAGGAGACAUACAUCUUGUAAAGCAAGGAUGCUGGUCUCAUAUAGGAGAUCCACAGGAGUGUCACUUUGAGGAGUGUAUAGUUACAACCACCCCUUCCUUGAUUCAGAAUGGAACAUAUCGGUUCUGCUGUUGUAGCACUGACUUAUGUAAUGUCAACUUCACUGAAAACUUCCCACCUCCUGACCCAACUGAUACGACGCCUUACAAUUCUUCUCAUUCUUUUCAUCGGGAUGAGACGAUAGUUAUUGCUCUUGCAUCUGUGUCUGUACUAGCUGUCUUGAUUGCUGCUCUGUUCUUUGGAUACAGAAUGCUUGCAGGAGACCGUAAACAAGGAUUGCAUAGUAUGAACAUGAUGGAGGCAGCAGCAUCAGAGCCCUCACUGGAUCUGGACAAUCUUAAGUUACUGGAGUUGAUUGGCCGGGGACGAUACGGAGCAGUGUACAAAGGCUCCCUGGAUGAACGCCCCGUUGCUGUGAAAGUAUUUUCUUUUGCUAAUCGUCAAAACUUUGUCAAUGAGAGAAAUAUUUACAGGAUUCCACUGAUGGAACAUGACAAUAUUGCCCGCUUCAUUGUGGGAGAUGAGAGAUUCACUGCAGAUGGGCGUAUGGAAUAUUUAUUGGUGAUGGAAUAUUAUCCCAAUGGUUCACUGUGCAAAUAUCUGAGUCUCCACACAAGUGACUGGGUGAGCUCUUGCCGGCUGGCACAUUCUAUAACCAGGGGCUUGGCGUACCUGCACACAGAGCUACCUCGGGGAGACCAUUACAAACCUGCAAUAUCUCAUCGUGACUUGAACAGCCGCAAUGUACUGGUAAAGAAUGAUGGAACAUGUGUAAUUAGUGAUUUUGGGCUCUCCAUGAAGUUAACUGGAAACAGACUGGUGCGCCCAGGCGAGGAAGAUAAUGCAGCCAUUAGUGAGGUCGGUACGAUCCGCUAUAUGGCCCCAGAAGUGCUUGAAGGAGCAGUGAACUUAAGGGACUGUGAAUCUGCUUUGAAACAAGUAGAUAUGUAUGCACUAGGCCUCAUCUACUGGGAGAUAUUUAUGCGAUGUACAGACCUCUUCCCAGGGGAAUCUGUGCCAGAGUACCAGAUGGCUUUCCAGACAGAAGUCGGAAACCAUCCCACUUUUGAAGAUAUGCAAGUCUUGGUGUCCAGGGAAAAGCAAAGACCAAAAUUCCCAGAAGCAUGGAAAGAGAACAGCCUGGCUGUGAGGUCACUUAAAGAAACAAUCGAAGACUGUUGGGAUCAAGAUGCUGAAGCUCGAUUAACUGCCCAAUGUGCUGAGGAGAGAAUGGCAGAACUCAUGAUGAUUUGGGAGAGAAAUAAAUCAGUUAGUCCAACAGUCAAUCCAAUGUCAACUGCCAUGCAAAAUGAGCGGAACCUGUCACAUCAUAGACGAGUGUCAAAAAUAAGGCCAUAUCCAGAUUACUCUUCUUCUUCCUACAUUGAAGAUUCAAUCCACCACACUGACAGCAUAGUGAAGAACAUUUCAUCUGAACAUUCAAUGUCCACUACACCGCUGACUUCAGGGGAAAAGAAUAGAAACUCCAUUAACUAUGAGCGGCAACAAGCACAAGCUCGCAUCCCUAGUCCUGAGACAAGUGUCACCAGUUUGUCCACCAAUACUACUACCACCAAUACAACUGGCCUCACUCCUAGCACUGGCAUGACCACCAUAUCUGAAAUACCUUAUUCAGAUGAAACAAACUUACAUACUACAAACGUCAUGCAGCCAGGUGGGCCCACGCCAGUUUGUCUGCAGCUAACAGAGGAGGAUCUAGAGACAAAUAAACUGGAUCCAAAAGAAGUAGAUAAGAACCUGAAAGAAAGUUCUGAUGAGAAUCUGAUGGAACAUUCACUCAAGCAGUUUAGUGGACCAGAUCCACUCAGCAGCACUAGUUCCAGCUUGCUUUAUCCACUGAUAAAACUUGCAGUGGAGGUGACAGGACAACAGGAUUUCACACAAACUAGCAAUGGUCAAGCAUGUUUGAUUCCAGAUGUCCCAUCUGCUCAGGUCUAUCCUUUACCCAAGCAACAGAACCUUCCGAAGAGGCCUACUAGCCUUCCUCUGAACACCAAAAAUUCAACAAAGGAGCCACGGUUAAAAUUUGGUGGCAAGCACAAAUCAAACUUGAAGCAAGUUGAAACAGGCGUUGCCAAGAUGAACACUAUCAAUGCCGCAGAACCUCAUGUGGUGACCGUUACCAUGAAUGGAGUGGCUGGUAGAAGCCACAGCAUAAACUCUCAUACUGGCACGACCCAGUAUGCCAAUGGGGCAGUGCCGUCUGGCCAGACAGCCAGUUCAGUAGCACAGAGGGCCCAGGAAAUGCUUCAGAACCAGUUCAGUGGAGAGGACAGUCGUCUGAAUAUUAAUUCAAGCCCUGAUGAGCAUGAACCCUUGUUGAGGCGGGAGCAACAGGUUGGCCAUGAUGAAGGUGUUCUGGACCGCCUAGUAGACAGGAGAGAGCGACAACUUGAUAAUGGCCGAACAAACGUUAAUAACAAUAACAGUAAUCCGUGUCCAGUGCAAGACACAGCUACUCUCACUAUCCAGAACGUAGCCAGAAAUCCUGGGCAGACUCAGACUAGAAGAGCACAGAGGCCUAAUUCGCUGGAUCUAUCUGCCACAAAUAGUUUGGAUAGCAGUAGUAUGCAGUUAGGUGACUCCUCACAGGACAGCAAAUCGGGCUCAGGAGAAAAGAUCAAGAAACGUGUGAAAACUCCUUACUCGCUGAAGCGAUGGCGUCCUUCGACAUGGGUCAUCUCCACUGAGCCGCUGCACUGCGAGGUCAACAAUAACGGCGGUGACCGGGCAGUGCACUCCAAAUCCAGCACUGCUGUUUACCUUGCGGAAGGAGGCACUGCCACCACAAUGUUGAGCAGUCAGCCAGUUGUGACAAUGAACUUUGCACACCGUAGCCAGCUCAAAGCUGCUGCCUAUAUUGCAUCGUGCUCUGAGGUGACAAUGUAUGAACUUUCCCCAGCUUGAAAGGGCUCUUUAAAAGGAACAAAAAUUGAGUUCAGUACCUUUCCUCUGAUCCUUCUCAAGUGAGUUUUGUUAAUGGUGGUAGAUGCCCGCCUGUCAAGUUCUGAGUAACCAGUUGUUGAACAAAUGUAAGGAAACAAUGUCAGCCAAUUUUGUACUUUAUUUUGUGUACAGUUUCACCCUUUGUAUUUAUGUAAAACCAGAUCAGUAGUAGUCUACGUUGAAAAAUGCAACUCAAACAGAAACCUAAGUAACUGUCAUACUUUAAGAGCUUUAGUGAAGAUAGGUUGUGAACAUAUUUUAUUAACAAAGAGGAACAAGUAUGAAUCUUGUUUGGCACAAAUCUUUUCUGACUGAACACCUUCCAGACAGUCUGGGUAAGAUCAGCCUGAUGACCUACGCAGGUAGGUGCAUCCUGACUGGUUGCUGUUGCUGAGCUGAAACGUUUCCUCCCUUCAGGUUUUCAAAGCCCUUCAUUCAUCUUGGUAGAAUCUACUGCAUGCUUUUAAAAUUCAUGGGUAGGAAUGUUUGGGGGGGGGAGGGGAAGGUUUUCUUUUUUCUGGUUAAACACUUUGUUCAGUUUGUAUGUAACACUCCACACAUUGAUUUUAGCUGUCAGUGAAUGUGAAUCUAAUAUGUAUUGAGAUUUAUUUUUUCCACCAUCUUAUAUAGAUCUUACUUCUUCUUAUAAUAAUCAUUUUUACUGUCUGCUGAAAGCAAACUAAUUUCCUUACUGGCCAGGCCUUCCUUUCACUUCAGAAUUAUUCAUCCACCUGAGAAGUACUCUGAUGGAAAACACUUCAGUAAAAACCGUUUAAAUUAAAUAUAAAUAUUUGUGUGUCUGUGUGUAACACAUGUCAGUCUUUGGUAAUGAGAUCAAGUUUUACGUCAGAAAACUGGUGAUGUUCAAAAAAUAAAAUAAAUUCUAUGCAGCCAUCCUGUCAAACUCCUAUGGUAGGAUACUGGCAGCAAUCACUUGCCUCUCCCAACCUAUCUUCUUCUGGCAGUCAGAAACAGAUGCUCUGUGCUCUCAAGCUUGUUUGUUUCCUUGCUAGUGUAUUAUUUUUCCCCAUGAGGUAAAAUUGCCAGCUCUGUUUUGUACAUCUGAUAUAACUGGUAUAAUAUAUACCUUGCUACGUCUGAUUCUUGCUAUUUCUCAAACUCUUGGUUUGAUUUUCUGAUUUUAUGAUUUUCUCCUUCAGUGGUUACUAAAUGUUUCUUAUAUUCUUGUACAUGUCUCCAAGAGAUAGCUCUAAAUCCAAAUUUUUGAUUCAGUGUAGUUGUGGAAAUACAAGCUAUGAGGUAUAGUUCAGGCUCCCUGUGCUCUUCAAGCAUCAGCUUGAAUAAUAACUCUGAGGUGCAGUUCUGUUAUCAUGAUGUAUAAAUAUAUAGCUGUACUUUCCCUCUCCAGAAAAUACAGCCUUUCUCUGGUUUUACUUUUAAUUCACUCCCCUGCUUCCCAUCUGCUACAAGCUUGCAUCCCAGAUGUUGAAAACCUGCCAGUUGCUCAGCUGGGUUUCAGUACCUCAAUCAGAAUUUCUGGCAUUCUGUUCAUAAUAUUGGCCACGUUUUUCAUCUCUUUUGGACUUCUUCAAAUCUACAUUUGAUGUACAGUAUGUUGUCUUGUGAUGAUUACUAUAUCAUGCAUAUUGAAGACUCUUCACUCAUUUUCCAGUGACUUUCUGGUUUGCCUUACAUAUGCAUCAUCCAUCAGCAUUUCAGAAUGUGAGCUGAAAAGCAUAUUUAGGACACUUACCUAACUUGACAGACUCUGGGGAUAGAAAAGUUAUUUGCUUUGAUUAGUUCUUUCUGCUAAGACAGGUUUGCUGUGAAGUUCUAGCCUUUCUUUUCAGACCAAUCCUUUGUAAGAAACCCAACUUCUCUUAUGCUUAAUGCAAUCAAAAUAAUUUUGAUACCAGGUGAAGAUUCUUGUGCAGUUUUUGUUGAACGUUUUUGAAGCAUGCAUAAAAAUUUCAUUUCCUUUAUCUUUUUUCUGUCACUUCCUGGAAAACCUUUUGGGGAUGAAUUUUAAUUAGUAAAAGGUAUUGGAUUUGUAACCUACCAUGGAUAAAUAUUAUUUGUAGCACAACAGAAAUAUGUACUUUAUCACAAAAUAUCCUAUAGAUUACAUAGAGAAAAAGUAUUUAUUUGUAAAGGUCAGUCAAAACAAACUCUUAAGUGCACAACAAAAUAUUGUAAUUCUGCACAGCUAGAUGAGAUCAGAUUAUUAGUUUGUUUUUAAUGCUUAUUUUAUUAAUGUCCUAUUUUAUUUUAUUUUUUACUCACAGUGCAUAAUCCAGUCUCCGCAGAAUACUUUCUCUGUAAAUUAAAUGAUAUUGAAUUUCAUCUCGUGUCCUGGGAAAUCAUCCUUAACCAAAUAAAAUACAUGUAAGAGAGAAUUCUACAGAUCAGACACGUGGAUAGGUGGUAAAUGUACUGCAAUCAAGGGACACAAAAGGUUCUGUUUGUUUGUGUUUUAGGAUAAUGAUGACAGUUGAUAAUAUUCUAUCAACAUCUCAUGUAUAUUGCAGACAAGUUAAAAGUAGAAAAAAUGAAAAAAAGGAUAGUGUAAAUACCUAUGAGUUGUGCCACUGUCAAAUAGGCAACAGUAGAAUAUAUGCUAUGGUAAUUUAUAAUGUAUAAUUCAAGUAAAAUGUUACAGCAAACACUUGUGAUGUUUGUAUAUAUAACCAAAAUCCAAAAGCUUAUUGGUUUUUUUAAAAAAUGACAUGUUAGUAGAAGUUAAAUGAGUUAGUUAGGUUAAUGCAAUAUCUCUUUUUCUGUUUCCUAUGUUUCCACACCAAUAUUACAUGGUUUUUAGAAUGUGAAUUCUAACCAUUUGAACAGACAUGCAAGCAUAGUAUUCUAAAUUGGACAUUUGCAAGUAAAGUUAUCUGAAACAUUUCCCUGACUUUGCUUAUAAAGCUUGAUAGUUUCAUGUGCUAAACAUUUAUCGUGUCUUUCUUAUAACUCUGAGAUGCACUUAAAUUGCACAGCUAAAAGAUAAAGAAAUUCCUGGUUUUAAAGGAAGACCAGUUAAUAUCAUCAUGUUUAGAAUAUUCUCUGAGAUUUGUUAAGAAAUGUUUAGAAAUUCUCUGACAUUUGUUCUAUAUUAUGCUUUCUUACCAUUAUUCAUGUCAGUCUUGUUUCCAUUUACAAAAUAAUCUCAUUUCCAUAGGCAAUCAAGAUGAUUUUUGUUUUCAGUACAGGGUACAAAAAGCAAUACAAAAUGGAUGCUGUCAGGUUUCUGGAAAAAAAAAAUCAAACAAAAACCCUUAUAAAUCUGCUUAAGAAGUGUGUAUCUUUCCAUCUAUCAACUUAAUUCUGCUUACCUCAGAAAGGAAAAUAAGGAUGUCCUGUAUUUGUUUGGAAUGGAUUAUUGGGCAAAAUUUAACAAUAAUGAAUUGCUGUGUAGAAAAUACAUAUACAGUGUACACCAGUAUAUGCCAUAAUUUCAGUAUUCAGUCAUCCUUUAUUUUGCUUUUCUUAUAUCUCUGAAGUAUUUAUAUGUGUUUAAAACAGCAACAGAAGUCCACUAAUAUAAUACUGCUAAGUCAAUGUUCAGGUGAUAAUUUUCUUCCUUUAAAAAAUAUUCAAAAGAUCAUAGCCAUUCUGCCACUGAAACAUAAUAAUGGAAAGUUCCAGCCUAGAUAAGGAUUUUUUUUUUUUAAUUCACAUUGCAGUUAAUAUGGGAAAAAUUGUAUCAUGCUGUAGUUUUUACUUAUAUGAAAAUGAUAAAGUUCUCAAUGCUGAAAAUUAGCUUUUUUAAGUCAUAAAAAUAAUAAUUACCUAGUACAGUAGUAUAUGCAUGACCUAGUGUAUAUGAAAUUUGGAGCAGCUUACUAAAGAAGAUUGAAAUAGGUUUGAUUAGUCUAUGAAAGUUGGACUAUAGAGUGGAUGACUUUGUAUUUUGCAUAAAUUUGCAUUAUUUGAACUUUUCUCUCCAUCUCUCAGUAUUCAUUUUGCCAGGUAAAUAUAUUAACCUCUUUUUUUUUUUUUUUUUAAUGUACUUACUAAUCUUUGUUCAACUUUAUUCCUUUCUUCAAAGAAAAAUCUAUUGCAGUGGAGCCAAAUAUAUAUAUUUUUAUGUAAACUCUGUAUGUACUUAGAUACAUAUGUAUGUCAUGCAGAAAUUCUAGGAUUAACUUCUGUGAGUUACGGCAUCAGAUGGUAGAAUUGGUAGCAAGUAUAAUGGUCUUCUUCGGAUAUCAUUCUUAUAUAGUCUUUAUAAUAAAAUUGGGCUCAGACUGUGACAUAAUCCGGCAGUGUAAGAUACCCCGUGACAUGCUUGUCACUUUGUCACUGAUUUAAGGUUUCUCCUUUCAAGUUGGGAAAAAAAAAAUACCCUCAGCAUUGUUAAUCCAUUAUAAUUUUUACAAGGCUUUUUUAUGCAGUAGCUGCUGUAGUGAAGUAUGUGGUCACCCUUUGAUUGUGGGGGGGAGAUUUAGGACAUUAAAUCCGAUUGCAUUUUAGGCUUCUAUGUUGUCCUAGAAAAACUCAAGCUGUAGAUGUGCAUCCAUUUCAUUUUUUUUAUUUAUUCUUUUCCCCUAAUUAUGUUCAGUUUUGAUGUGAAAUAGUGAGAAAUCAGAUCUCUCAUUUUUAGGUUUAUUUUGUACUGACUAAAACUGGUGUUGGAACUUCCACUUCUGCAGACGAGAUUUAGGCACUCCUUUGAAUAAAAAAUGGGAGACCCAUUUGGCACAAACUUAUCCCGGGAAGUCAACGUAUCACAAACACGGAUGCCACAAACAAGCUGGUGCUUGAGCCAAAUGCUAUUGAAAUGAAAGAGGUGUCUGCCAUUAGUUAGGAGCAAAGAAGAGCUGGCGCUGGUUUGAAAACUGAAGAUUAGCUGUGGGAAAGCCAGUGUGCAAUGCUGGGCCUCGUGGGCUAACCCUGACUGUUGGGAUUCUGAGGGCUGCUACCUGGUGACUUGGCUCAGUCUUCCACACCAGGUCAGUACCAGUUCAGCUAUGGUUACUGCUGAGGAAUGGACUACGCCAGUGGGAGGGGCAGUGCCAGGUUUUCAGGUAAAUCCUCAUUCACACCAAACCCCUUUGAUGUUCAUCUGGGCUUAAUGCAGGUCUGAUCUAGUGGCUGUUACGGUGUGUUAGUAAUAUGGAAUUACUUUUUAUGGCCAAUUCUAUUUAUUUCACUGUAGUUUAAUUACAUAUGAGCAUAACAGUCAAGAACUAAUUGGAGUUAUGCUAAUUUAUAGUGUAGUAGUCAGAUUGUUUUAAAAGCCCUACUAAUCAGUAAUUGUGUGAAGUUGCAGGUCGUUCAGUUGGUUAACUUCAGUGCACAGGUCACACCCUACUGUCACAGCAAGGAAGGAUUUCUUCAAAGCUCUUGCAGGCUUCUGCAGAUAGAUUACAUCUGUCAGGACCACAGAUCUUGUCUGGUAACUAUUUUAAAGCAAAAAUAACUACCUUUAUAAUUUAUUCGUUUUUAGAUCUCCCAAAAGUUAAUUUUUGUAAAUCAUUCACUAGUUUUUAAAGCAACAAAAAUGCGUGAGGCUUGUAUUUCUAGAGCACUUGAUUCACUUUUUUUCUUUUGUGCUUCAGAACUGUAUCAUGAAGUAUCACACUUCCAUCUUGUUUAUUCAAAUGGAAAGAAAAUCAUAGAUGUUUCUGUAAUCUUUAGGUCAAAGGAACACAAAGAAACAGGCAAAUCCAUGUUAUUGCUGACUUUCAUUGGUUGCUUUUGAAUUUCUUGAUUUUUGUGACUCCUCUUUCACAAUGUUGAAAUGUAUUUAAAAAGGUUUGUCUAUAAUGUUUCUUGUCUGCUUUUUGUCUCUAGAGAAGAGUAUGCUCUAUUCACAUUUAUAUAAGCUGGAAUCAUACUUUACAAUUGCUGUUGAUUAUUUUUCCCCCAAAUGCAGAGGAAAAUGAACACAGCAAAAACCAAUUUCUAGGGUUUGGUCUUCUGUAGAAGCUGAAAUAAGGAUAUGUGAAACUGACAUUUUCCUUAUGACAGGUGGUAAAGAGAGCAUUAAUUUCUGAGCGAGCUUUUCUGGGGAAGGGGGGAGAAACCCUAGAAUAUGGAGUCUCAUCAGAACCCUUUUGUUAACGGGUAUUUUUGUUUUUUCUCUCAAAUGAUUGAGUAAAUAUCAUGUAUGAAUUUAUAAAUAAUUGCUUUCAGUUAUUUCUUUUGUAUAAGCUGCCCAGUACCCUUGCUAUGCUGUAUAAGUUGUGUUUCAUGGAACAGUGUGAGUAUGAAAUAAAAGCUAAUUUUUGUUUUUUUAAUCAUCUGUGGAUGCCACUAUGAAAGCUGACAUUGUUAAAGCCACUACAGAGUUUUCUAUGAAUACUUGUAAGAAUUGCUUUGUUAUAUAUAAACCUAAAUAAAGAGAUUGUAUUGAUACAGAGACAUUGGAUAAGAACAUUUAAAAGGCUAUUCUUUAGGUCUAAAAGAAAAGGCUUGCUGUAAAAUGGUGCAUUAUUCCAUUUAUUAAAGAUCAUAUUAAUGACAAAAA